AUGAGUUUCAACCAGGACUACGCUAACGUCGCCAAUGCCUUCAUCGGUCACUACUACUCCUUGUUCGACGUUCCAGAUGGAGCUGCACGAGCUCAAGGCCUUUCUGAUUUAUAUGAUCCGGAUAACUCUUACAUGACUUUCGAGGGACAGCAAGCCAGAGGACGUGCAGCGAUUCUCGAAAAGUUCACUACUCUUGGGUUCACGACAAUUCAACGGGCCAUCACUGUCAUCGACUCUCAACCGCUCUACGAUGGGUCGAUUCAAGUUAUGGUUCUCGGACAACUCAAGACCGACGAAGAUCCAAUCAACCCGUUCUCUCAAGUCUUCAUUCUCCGCCCGAACAACCAAGGAUCAUUCUUCAUCGGAAACGAAAUUUUCCGGCUCUCAUUGCAUAACAACUAA